CCCGGGGCCAGGAAGGCGCUGGGCGGGCCGGCCAGGGGAGCGCAGGAGGCGGCGUGCCAGCUGCGCCUCCCGUCCGGAGAGCCUCGCCAAGCCGCAGCGCCCGGAUCGCCUCCGCGCCCAGGGCGAGCCGGUGGUCGCAGGAGGCCGAGCGCCGUCCCCUCCGCGCCUCUCCUCUCCUCUCCCGCGCCGGGUGAUGCGGAAGGCCGAGCGCUGAGGCUGCGGCGCAGAGGCGGUCCCGCCGCACCUUCUUCCCCUCCCGGCUGCCGAGGGCGCCCCAGUUCGGCUGGAGCUGCAGGCGAGGCGAGGCGCGGCCGGGCCAGGGCCCACCCCCCAAAUCUCGAGGAAUUCCCCAAACUGGAGCGGGCAAUCCUACCAGGGGCUGCCGCUGAGGAGGUGCCCUAGACGCUGCCGGGCGAGGGGCCCCCCAGGCUCCAACUGCAGCAAGAGGUCCGCAGCGGGAUCGGCGCGCAGCCCGCCCCGCAGGCUCCCGGCGCCAGAUGGCUUCUGCAAAUGAUACCCGCCAGGCUCCUAAGGAUGCCGCUGAUCAAAAUUUCGACUACAUGUUUAAGCUGCUGAUCAUCGGCAACAGCAGCGUGGGCAAGACGUCCUUUCUCUUCCGGUACGCGGAUGACUCUUUCACCUCGGCCUUUGUGAGCACCGUGGGCAUCGACUUCAAGGUCAAGACGGUAUACCGGAACGAAAAGAGAGUGAAGUUGCAGAUCUGGGACACAGCUGGCCAGGAGCGAUACCGGACGAUAACAACUGCCUACUACCGGGGAGCGAUGGGUUUCCUCCUGAUGUAUGAUAUCUCCAAUCAGGAGUCGUUCAGUGCUGUGCAGGACUGGGCAACUCAGAUCAAGACGUACUCCUGGGACAACGCUCAAGUCAUCUUGGUAGGGAACAAGUGUGACCUGGAGGACGACAGAGUGAUUCCCACGGAGGAGGGCAAGCGGCUGGCCAAUGACCUAGGUUUUGAAUUCUUUGAGGCCAGCGCCAAAGACAACAUCAAUGUCAAGCAGGUCUUUGAGCGCCUGGUGGACAUAAUCUGUGAGAAGAUGAACGAGAGCCUGGAUGCCAGCCCGGGCCCGGUGGGCAGCAACCACAAGAACACGGCACUGAACGAGGCGCCUCCUGCACCAUCCAGUGGUUGCUCCUGCUAGAUAGGACAUGCGUUGCGGCCCCUCGUUGCCCUCCAGCAUCAGGGCAGGGGGCUGUUGAUGGGACUGUUGGUUGGAUGAUUUGCCCUCUUUGUCUCUGGGAAUGCCUGUUUGACCUCUGACAGCAUGUGCCCGGGGCCCUUUUCUCUUCCCCCAUAGCAUGAGUGGCCCUUUUUGGUAGAGGAGCAUGAUUUCUUAUCCAUCCACCCACCUACACUUUGCAGCUCCGGAGAUCUGAGUCCAACAGCAGUGCGUUUUCCCAACUCCAAGCUCCAGUGGAAUGGCUGUUUACAGUGUCAGCUGCUCCGGCUUUGUGGCUGGGCAGCUCAGUGCCUGCCGGGCAGUUCUUUUGGCCAACCUUGGCCUUGUGCAAGCUUCUCCACUCCUGAAAAAAUAAAAUCCAGCGGCAGUUUGA